AUGACCACCUACCAGAACCAGGAUUUCGACGCAGAGCGCUACAACGCCGCCAGACCUACCUACCCCGAUUCCUUCUACAAGUGCUUGCUAGACUACCACAAGUCCAAGGGAAACCCCACCCAUCUCGCUAUGGACGUUGGAUGUGGGCCGGGAUUCGUUGCUUUCAAGCUUCUAGACUACUUUGACCAAGUGGUCGGCACGGAUUUUUCCCACACCAUGAUUGAGCAGUGCAACAAGGACCCGAGAGUGGAGUUUUCUGAUAAGAUCCGCUUCUACGCUACCCCAGCAGAGCAGGCGCCCGAGGAGAUCCAGCCUGGGUCUGUAGACAUGAUUACGGCGGCAGAGGCGUGCCAUUGGUUUGACCACCCGAGGUUCUUUAAGGAAAGUGCUAGAAUCCUCAAAUCGGGCGGCACUUUGGCCUACUGGUUCUACUUCGACCCUGUUUUCGUGGGCAACCAGAAAGCCACAGAUUUGGUCGUCGAGUGGUCUUACGACUCGAGCGUCAAGAAGUACGGCGACUCGUAUGAACGCUUUUUCGGACCCUACUUCGACCAGCCGGGCCACGAUAUCUUUAGAACCACGUUAUCGCACAUCAGCCCUCCAGAAUCGGACUUCACCGAUAUCAUCAGACACUACUACCAUCCUCACGAACACCCUGAUGGCGAGCAGUACACAAGCCUUUACAUUCCCAGAAGAGUGUCUCUCAACACGUUUAGAGCACAGGCAAAGAGCUGGAGUGGCUACCACAAUUGGAAAAGGGAACACCCAGAUAAGCCCGACGCUGCUGAUGAGCUCAUUGACAAGUUGGCCGAGACACUCAAUGUCGACUUGGAUACUGAGUUGGACGUUAUAUUUCCUACCGUGUACACAUUUGCCAGGAGGAAGUAA